CGGCUCCGCUCGCGCCGGCCGCCUGCGCGGGGCCCCGGCCGCCCUGCCCCCGCGUCCACCCCCGCCGCAGCCGGGCCGGGGCGCAGCGCUGCGGAGGCGAGGGCCGCGGGGGCCGGGCGGGCGGCGAUGAUGAACAGGUUCCGAAAGUGGCUGUACAAACCCAAGAGGUCGGACCCGCAGCUGCUGGCCCAGUUCUACUAUGCCGACGAGGAGCUGAACCAGGUGGCCGCCGAGCUGGAUAGCCUGGACGGGCGGAAGGACCCGCAGCGGUGCACGCUACUUGUCAGCCAGUUCCGCUCCUGCCAGGACAACGUGUUAAACAUUAUUAACCAGAUUAUGGACGUGUGCAUCCCUCAGGACCGCGCCCCGCGGGAUUUCUGCGUCAAGUUCCCUGAGGAGAUCCGGCACGACAACCUGGCCGGCCAGCUCUGGUUUGGCGCUGAGUGCCUGGCUGCCGGCUCCAUCAUCAUGAACCGCGAGCUCGAGAGCAUGGCCAUGCGCCCGCUGGCCAAGGAGCUGACCCGCAGCCUGGAGGACGUGCGGGGCACCCUCCGCGACCAGGCGCUGCGGGACCUCAACACCUACACGGAAAAGAUGAGGGAGGCGCUGAGGCACUUCGACGUCCUGUUUGCUGAAUUCGAGCUGAGCUACGUUUCGGCCAUGGUGCCCGUCAAGUCCCCGCGAGAGUACUACGUGCAGCAGGAGGUCAUCGUGCUGUUCUGUGAGACGGUGGAGAGGGCCCUGGACUUCGGGUACCUGACCCAGGACAUGAUUGACGACUACGAGCCAGCCCUCAUGUUCAGCAUCCCCAGGCUGGCCAUCGUGUGUGGCCUCGUGGUCUACGGGGAUGGACCCCUGAACUUGGACCGCAAGGCGGAAGACAUGUCUGAGCUGUUCCGGCCUUUCCACACGUUGCUGCGGAAAAUAAGGGAUUUGCUGCAGACCCUGACAGAGGAGGAGCUUCACACGCUGGAACGGAACCUCUGCAUUUCCCAAGACGUGGAGUUCCCCAUCCGGGCAGACACCCAGGUGCCCCCGGCCCUGGCGCCUGCCUUUCCUGAAUCCCUUCCCCCAGAGGAGCUGCUCUCAGCCAAGGCCAAAAACCCGGAGGCGGAGCUGGCCUGCUCCAUGCAGUAUGAUGACCAGGAGCUGGAGCAGCUCAACCGCAUGGUUCACAGGGUUGGGGACGAGAUGUCCUCCCUCCUCUCCCCGCCCAGCGCCUGCCAGUCCCCUGCGCACAGGCCGGGGGCCGAGGGCAGCCCCCGAGGGGAGGCCUCCCCAGGCAGCGCAAGGCUGCGGCCAGGCAGCGAUGAGGAGGAGGGAAGGGUGUUCUUCAUGGAUGAUGUGGAGGGGACAGCAGAGGCCCCGGGUGGCCCAUCUGGGUGGGCGGGCAGUACCAGUGCCAACCCCCAGGAGGGAGAGCAGGGCGGAGGGUGCGGAGAGGCGGGGGUCAGUGCGCCCACCACGGCAGAGGAGGGGGACUUGAGCAAUAACAACAACAUCCAGGACAGCAAAUUGUGGGCGGUGGGCUCCAACUCUUGCAGCUGCCUGGACUCCCAGCCGCACCUGGAUGGCUGGGAGGUAAGUGUGGACGAUGCAGAGACAGCCGAGAUGAUCGCCCACCGGACAGGGGGCAUGAAGCUCUCAGCCACGGUCAUCUUCAAUCCCAAAUCACCCACCUCCUUGGACUCUGGUGUCACCACCCUGGAAGCCCCAGGAAAUGGCAUCUCUCCAUCAGAUCCCACGGCCGAGGGGCUGGAGGGUGGCUCCCACAAACUCAGCGCUGCGGCCACCAACUGCCUCCUUAACUCCUGCGUGUGCUGUGGAGGCUGUGGGGGCAGCAGGGAGGAUGCUGUGGAGAGUCUGCGGGACAAGUGUAGCCCUGGAAGCGUCAUCAGCGCCUCCUACGUUGGCUCUGCCAAGGCCAGCGCCAAGGGCCCGGCCGAGAGACUGGAGGAGGCCCAGCCUGCCCUGGAGGUGUUGCCCAUGGGCGCCCCGGCCCCCCUGCCCUCAGAAGACGCCCCCGAUAGGCAGGACCUCAAAGCCCCGACUUCCAACAAGUGCCUGGCCCACACCUCAGGUCCCCGGGUGGAUGCAGCAGACAGGUCUCACGGAGAGGGCAACGGCGCAAGUCAGCCAAAGGAGCCUGAGGCCCGACAGGAGGACGAGGGGCAGUCCUCGGAGGCCAGGGAGGAGAAUCAGCAUGGAGAGGUGGCCAAGGGGGAGACCGACUCCAGGUGACAGCCAGUGGACACCGACUCUGUCUGGAACUCCCCUCCUGCUUUCCUGACGUGUCCCACCGUGGACACUGCUCGUUCACGUCACACCCUCAGCUUUCCAGGACUCAUCCAGCUUAGCACAAACACUGAAGCUGAACUGAGAUAAGGAAAGAGAACCCCCAUGGUGGCCUCGAGAGAUGGUCCCAUCUUCCAGGGAAGCUUUUCCAGAAGGUGCAGAGGGUCUGAGGAAGGAAGAAUGUGGCAGGUGGCCCGGUGAUCAGGACAGCCAUGCAUUUGGGCCAGGAUCUUGGACAGUGGUGCCCCGGGUCCCAGCAGGGCACCAGGGGCAGCUGGGAAUCGGGUCAGCAGAUGGUGCCUGUCCCAUCCACAGGCAGUGCAUACAUCGGGAGCAUCAUUCAUUCACAUUACAAGCUGGUUCCUGGGUGGCUGAGCAAGGUGCCAGAGACCCACCCAGGAACAAGACAGGUGACCCAACCUCAUGGAGCAUGAUCUAACUCUAAUACGGAGGUGACAAAGCAUGGGUACUGUUAAAACAGACAGACAGACACAAGACCAGCCUCACACAAGCGGAAGUUCACCAGAAUUCCAAUGGUGAGACUCCUGAAGUCUGGUUGGUGUUAAGUAACAUUCGUGCAAGGCUGCACGGUGAAAAUAGCUGGUCUCAUACAGAGGUGCAGGCGAUUAUCCCUCCCAUGGGCAGAUGGAGAGACUGAGACCCCGAGAGGUUGAUAUCUGCCUGAGCUCAAAGUGCCUGGACCUCCUGCCUGCAGUGUGAGCCCGUUCUGCUGAUAGGCUCUGCCCCAUAGGGUUGCACUCGAUUAUCACUCACCGCGUGAUGAGCUGAUUUGACCUUGAGGCCUGUCUGCUUAGCGGGUGCCUCUGUGGCCCCUGGAUAUGCGGCACAGAGGACAUUGAGUGAACAGCAGGCGUGGCCCUGCACUCGUGAGCUUCUGGUCCUGUGUGUGAGUCAGACAGGUGCAGCCUCAGGCCUCGGUGUUCCACAAAUUCAGUCGAGUGCCAUGAAGGAGACACGCCAGGCUGUGACAAAGGGCCUACUUGUCCCAAGCACACCUGGAGCGUAUUUUCUCGGUCAAGCAGAAUAAAGCCUCCAUGUGGAAGGGCAGGGCUGCAGGGGUCCUUGCUAGACUGGCUGGAGGAACUGAUGCAGGCCAGGAGGUGGGUCCUCGAGCAGGGGUCCCAGCCAGGAGAAGCCCCCAUCUGUGGCAUUUCUCCAGGCCCUACCUUGAGCCGACUGCACCAUGGAGCAAUUCUACCCGUGCUGUUGCCCAGUGUGGUGGGACAUCACCCUUGGCAGAGUCCUGGGCAGAAUGUUCCAGAACCAUGUGUCUUUCGGCUCUUUUCUUUUUACUGCCUUCUUUCUUACCUUUUCAGUGCUCAUAGAUUAACCUUUUUUGGGAAAAGUUAGCAUUUUUAAAAAGCUUAUGGUUCCCUGUCUAGACUUACCUCAUUAUCCAGAAACUUCCACACUCUUGAAGCUGGCUAAAUAAGUCACUUGUCUAGAAAACAGAAGCUUGCCCCAUCUCAAGUCUAUCUUCGUCCUUUCUGUGGACAUUUUACUAAAGUGCGUUUCCAACAGUCUGCCUUCUUGAAAAAAUAACACUGACCCUCUCUUUUUUCUGAUUAUAAACGUGGUCCCCGUUCAUUGUAGAAACUUUUGAAAACAUAAAAAAGAAUAAAAGGGGGCCGGCCUGGUGGCCUAGUGGUUAAGUUUGCAUGCUCCGCUCUGGCAGCCUGGGGUUCUUAGGUCUGGAUCCCGGGCACAGACCUAUGCACCGCUCAUCAGGCCAUGCUGUGGCAGUGUCCCACAUACAAAGUGGAGGAAGAUGGGCACAGAUGUUAGCUCAGGGCUAAUGUUCCUCAGCAAAAAAAGAGGAAGAUGGCAAUAGAUGUUAGCUCAGGGCCAAUCUUCCUCACCAAAAAAAAAAAAAAACCAGAAUAAAAGAAGGAAAUAAAAAUCAUCUCAAAUCCAAUGAGCAGUUUUAUUUUUUUCCACUGCAUAUUAUUUUAUGAUCAUUUCUCUGCAAAGUUCACUGAAAACACAAUUUUCAUAGACUUUUACUCUAUCCUAAGGACGUGUGCUAAUUUAUUCUACAUUUUCCCAUUUCCAUAUUUUCACCAUGUUAACUGAGCCUGUGGUCACUCUCCCCUACAGUUCUGUGUCUGCCUCUCGGAUUAUUCCUCUAGAAUCGAUCCUCGGGAGUCAAAUCACCACAGCGAGGGUAUGAAGGCUUUAAAGCUCUGCACUUGCUGUCAGAUUGUUUUCCAGAAAAACACCGCUGUGUCGCCUCAGUGGUGUGUCCCCCUGGCCAACGCUGACUGCUUUUCCCACCUAGAGAGGCAGAACAGAAAGCCCCUGUUGUUCUGGGCUGCAUUUCUCUGACAACUGGUGUCCCUGCUGCUUUUAUUCUCCUGUGAAGUCAGUGUUGGUGCCCUCUGCCUAUUUUCCAGUUGGGUUUUCGUGUCUUUCUUACUGACUUGAAAACAUCCCUCUGUCUGGUGUGUUGGAUAGCUCUUCCCAACGUGCUUUUUUGCCCUUUGGUUUUGUUU